AUGGGCACCAGUACUACUACUCCUCCUAGCCCAGAAAAUAUCAGAAAUAUUGAAACCACCACCUCCACUUUCCCAACCUGGAAACUUUACGAAAACCCUUCUUAUAAUUCUCAUAAACUUCAUCAAAAUCCACUCCCACGACAACAAAACCAGCAGCAGCAGUGCCGAAACUUUAGCAACAAGCAACAAGAAGUCCACCACUGCCUGCACCUCCCCAUCUCCGCCCGCAAGCUCGCCGCUUCCUUCUGGGAUCUCACCUUCUUCGAGCCGGCAAUGGAGUCCGAGAUGGAUUACACGCGAGCCCAGAUCACCGAAAUGAAGGCGAAGCUCAAAUACGAGCGAAAAGCGCGCAAGAAGGUGGAGAUUUCAAACAAGAUGCUGGCAAAAGAGUUGGGGGAGGAGAGAAGGUUGAGAAAAGCGAUAGAGAGGGUUUGCGAGGAGCUUGCCGGAGAGAUUUCUUUCGGGAAGUCGGAGAUCAUUAGGAUCAGGAAAGAGAUCGAGGAGGAGAGGAAAAUGCUUCGAAUGGUGGAGAUGCUGAGAGAGGAGAGGCUUCAGAUGAAGCUCACCGAGGCGAGGCUUCUGUUCGAAGAGAAGGUGUUAGAACUGGAGGGGUGUAAACAAAUGCUGAGCGCUGCAGAGAACUCACAUUUCAAGAUCAAACACAAGAGUGAGGACGCUAAUGUUGCUAGUUUUAACAAUUCGAGUGAAAAGUCUGGUGCUUUUAGCGGUGAUCGAAACAAUGACUCUGUUUCCAGUUUUUCUACUGCAACUUCAAGGGAAGUGCUUUUGGGUGAGAAAGCUGCUUUUAGUGAAAACAGUGGAGGUUUUUCAUCAAUGGCAGUUCAGAAAAGAUCCUCACCAGAACCAGAAAAUCCUCACAUAAAGAGAGGGAUCAAAGGAUUUGUUGAAUUCCCAAGAGUUGUCAGAGCAAUUGGAUCAAAAAGUAGGCAUUGGGGUACAAAGCUGGAAUGCCAAAAAGCUCAGCUCAGAAUUCUGAUGAAGCAAAAGAGCCCCAUUAGAUCCAAUAGUUUCAUUAUUAGUUGA